AUGACCUCGUCAUCGUCUUCCAUGAAUGGCAACUACACCAAUGUUUCGCCAACCGCUCUGACAAAUCAGUCUGACAAUGCAGCAGCUGGUCCAUCCGCACACGGCCUAGGCAACGCCGGGAGCAGCAGCAGCGUCAAGAACCUCAGCUGCCUCCAAUGUCGCAAACGCAAAACGCGAUGUGAUAAAAAGUACCCUUGCUCGCCCUGCGUCAUUCGCGGCGAUGCAGCUUCCUGCACACAAGUCCAGCAGACCAUCGCCUCCAUUACCACCACCUCGUUUGGCGCUUCCACUUCUCCCACACGCGAGUCUGCUCCUCUCUUGCAUCGACCUUCCUUCUCUGAAGGACAAGCUGCUGCUACUGCGGGUGCCACUGCAAAUGCUGCCUCUUCUUCCUCAUCUACGUCCAAGCCGGAUCCCAACGAGUCUCCCUUCGCCCCGGAUCGCUUCAUCGGUUUCGAAGCAGAACGUCUUUAUCGUCUAGAAGCCCGCAUGGAUCGUGUCGAACGCUACAUUUUGCAAAACGGUCAAGCAAGCGGCGAAGCACGCUUUGUUUCCACUUCGAUUGCAGCCAACAUUGAAGACGACACCCUCGCAAGCUUGGAUCGUGUUGUUCCCAAACAAGAACUCCCGAUUGGUCAGGACAUCCAAGAUCUGUUUGAAGACGCGGCCAUGGGUCGCAAAGCGAAGCUCAAAAGUCUCGGCACCACCUCGGAUGGAGAAACCAAGGAUCACGAAACAGACGAGGAGCAGAUGCUCGAUCAGCGCUACGUAGACUCUUCCGCUGAUGUCGCCUUUCGCUCCGCGCAAUUCCUUCCGCCCAACAGCGCCAUUUUACUCGAUUUCUACUUUACUCAAGUCGACUGGACCACCCGUGUCUUGCCUCCAGAGAGCUCAGCCGAGUUCCAUCUCCUCUCCAAGUUGCAGCCAGAACAGAUCGCUACUUUCCCCGUCUCGAGCGCUAUGGUUUGCUGCUACUUCGUCGUCAUUGCACUAGCUCUCCAUUUUUCCGAUGCCACCAUGCUCGAAAGGGUGGGUAUCUCAAAAAAGGAAGCAUUCCGCUUGGCCGACGCGCUGUGCACCGGAAGCCAACAGCUGCUCUGGUCGUCCAAUUUCCUGCAAUCGCAGCAACUCGAACAUCUCGCCUGCAUCUGUCUCCUCGGCGUCUACCAGCACAACCGCAAAGAUCAGGCGGAAGGUCAAUGGGCCCUCCUCGGCUCUGCCAUCAAGGUCGCCCAGAGCAUCGGGCUCGCGCGUCUGGAUCACGGCAGUGCUGCCCAGAGGCUGUCCGGCAGCAUGAGAAACGAGGCCCGUCGAGAGCUCGGUCGACGCAUCUGGUGGAACUUGGCCUGGCUCGACUGGUCGCACGCCGUGGCCCAUUUUGGCGUCUACUCGAUCCAGCCUCUGCAAAAUCGGACCAAUUUACCGGCCAAUGUCGAAAUUCACAAGGACAGCCUCACGCUGCACUCGCCGGACGUCUAUACCCAUUCCUCAGCCAUCACCAUGCGCAUGCGAUACGUCACCAUCUUCCGCGAGAUCGUCGAUGUCUCCAACGAGCGACCUGCCCUGUCUCGUGCACAGAUCCAUCGCUUCGUCAGCAAGCUCAACGAGGUGCACGACGCGACGCCGGCUUGCUUGCGCUACUCGCCCGAGCGCUCUUUCGACAAACCGGACCAGGCCAUGGAAUCGGUGAUGCUCGAGCUCAUGUACCUCAACCGCAUUCUCCGCCUUCAUCGCGUGCAUCAGCUUGCGGGAUUCACCGACGACGAUUGGAGGUUCGCUCGCAAGGCGUGCCUCUCUUCGGCCAGCUGCAUCAUCCGCAUCUUGUCGCUGCAACAGAAUAGCGUGUUCCACAAGUUCUGGCUGGUCACUUUCUACCUGCUAGGCGCCUCGAUGGCGCUCGUGAUGGAGCUCUGCUGUGCACGUCAACACGAUCUGGACGCGGCUUCCGUGCGUGCUAGCAUCUCGACGGCAGUUUCGUUGCUGUCGAAGGCAGGACCUGGAAGUGAAGCGGCCCGCAACUCGCGUCGAAUCCUCAAGGAGUUGCUCAGCGCUGAAAACAAGAUCCGCGAUGCUUUUGCUCGAUUGGGCGGACUAGAGAGGAUUGCUGAGGAAAGACUGGAUACGAGCGGUACAAAGGAUGUGUUUCUGAAUGUGCUGCAAAGGGUGUUUAGCAGCAUGUCGAGACAAAAGCGCAAACGCGACCUGCAUGAAGGUGCGGGGGAUGUGCACCAGCACAAACGCCGGAUGGCAGGUGGCACCGAGUCGGCACGUCAGACGCGCGAAUCGACGGUAUCAUCGGAGGGUGGCGUACGAGAAGGAGGCAAGAGUCGUGCUGUCAAUGGAAUCGCAAACGGGGCCGGCCAAGCGGUUGCAGGCAUGAACGGAACGUACAGCUGGUUGGAUCCCAACAACUUUGCCGGGAUCACGUCGGAUGGUUCAGGUCAGCCAAUCGAGGCCUUGUCUGUGGGGGAUGGCACGGUGGGAUCGAACGAGAGCGAUUGGCAAGGAGAUCAGACCCUGUUCCCGACUCUGGAUGGGAUUCUGUCGGGAGCGCUGUCGAUCGACGAGUGGAUGGGCUCGUCUUAUCCUUUUGAUCAUCUGUGA